AUGCCAGACAACAAGGCAGUCAAAGUCCUUCCUCGCAAGCUAUGGGAACAUCCAGACCCGGAACAAACGGCAAUGGGUCGUUUCCGACUACAGUUGGAGAAUGAAAAGAAGGUGAAGCUCCCGACGUUUGACGCGCUGAACAACUGGUCGGUGAACAACCGGGUUGAGUUUUGGGACUUUGCCUGGCGGUAUCUGAAUGUCAUCCACGAAGGUACCUACACGACCCCUGUAGAUGGGACAGCCUCAAUCGAGACAAAUCCUCCCUGGUUCGAGGGGGUAAAGGUCAACUUCGCCGAAAACAUCCUCUUCUCUGCUGGGUAUCCAAAUCGGUCGCCAUCCAGACUGACCACACAUGGAAAGGAGGAUGACAAGAUCGCGGCCACCGAGGUUCGUGAAGGGGCAGUGGACGUUCACCACUUCACCUGGGCAGAACUGAGACGACGCACCGGACACUUGUCACAGGCCCUGCGAGCAGCCGGCGUUGUCAAGGGCGAUCGCAUUGCUGCUGUGUCAGGCAACAAUUUCCAAACGUUGGUGGUUUUUCUGGCCACCACGGCCCUCGGGGCCAUUUUCUCGUCCAGCGCGACGGACAUGGGUGUCAACGGAGUGCUGGACCGACUGCGACAAAUCAAGCCCAAGUGGGUGUUUAUGGACGACUGUGCCGUCUAUAAUGGAAAGACCACCGACCUGAGACCCAGGAUGCAAAGUCUGAUCGACGGCAUGGCCGACGUGGAAGAAUGGCUGGGCUUGAUCUCCCUGUCUCAAUCGCAAACACCCGCCAGCAUCAGCCAUCUGCCCAAGACGCAGUCGCUUGCCCAGUUCUUGUCCCAGGCGACUACGCAUGAGCUCACUUUCACGCGGGUGGACUUUAAUGAUCCGUGCCUGAUUGUCUACUCCUCCGGUACCACGGGCCCACCAAAGUGUAUCGUCCAUCGUACGGGCGGAAUCCUGCUAUCGCUGCGCAAAGAAAUGGGCCUCCACCGGGGGUUUGGCCCUCAACACGUUCAGUUGCAAUACACCACCACCGGCUGGAUCAUGUAUUUAGUUUCAACAGCCGGCUUACUCUUCGGGGCGAGAAUUGUUCUGUACGAUGGGAGCGUCUUCUUCCCCGACAAAUUGGCCUUCAUCCGCCUUCUUCAAGACCAAGGGGUGACACAUUUUGGCACUUCGCCUCGAUACAUGCACGAGCUUCAGAGAGAUGGGAUCCGUCCACGAGAAGUGGCAGAUUUGAGCCGGCUGGAAUUGGUGACCAGUACUGGAAUGGUCCUGUCGGAUUCGCUCUUCGAAUGGUUCUACGAUCAAGGGUUUCCUCCGCGAGUGCACCUGGCAAAUAUCUCGGGUGGUACUGAUAUCGCCGGGACGUUUGCCAUGGAAAAUCCCCUCAGUCCAGUGUACGUCGGUGGAUGUCAGGGGCCUAGCCUGGGCGUCCCUAUCUCCAUCUUCAGGCAAGGGAGUGGUGAUGACGACCGCUUUGGAACCGCCGUCAAAGAUGGAGAAGCCGGAGAGCUUGUUGCUACAGGAGCCUUUCCCAACAUGCCGGUCACCUUUUGGGGCCCCGAGGGUGAUCAGAAAUAUCGUGCGGCCUAUUUUGCCAGGUACCAACACGCCUGGACCCAGGGGGAUCUUGUCUGCCGACAUCCAACUACGAAACAGAUCAUCUUCCUGGGCCGGUCAGAUGGCGUUCUCAACCCAUCUGGGAUCCGCUUCGGUUCGGCUGAGAUCUACAAUGUCGUCGAGGACCAUUUCGGCCAUCUAGUUGCUGACUCCUUGUGUGUUGGUCAGCGCCGUCCGAGAGAUGCUGAUGAGAGUGUCUUCCUCUUCCUGCUGAUGAAGCCGGGAGUGCCUUUCACGCCUGAACUGGCGAAGCAAAUCAAAGAUGUGGUCCGGCAAAAGAGAAGUGCGCGACACGUUCCCAAAUACAUCUUCCAAACUCCUGCAAUUCCGACGACCGUCAACCUGAAGAAGGCGGAAAUCCCAGUGAAACAAAUCAUUUCCGGGGCCUCGAUCCAGAACUCAGGCGCCAUCGCCAAUCCUCAGAGUCUCCAGUUCUAUUAUCAGUUCGCCGAGAUGGAGAACAUGACAGAUGCACAAAGUAAGCUGUAG